GCUUCGCACGUUUUUUCAAAGGCGUUUUAGCAAUAAAUUAAAAGAAUGGGAUACCGUUAUGCCACUACUUAAAUGGAGUAUUUUUUUAACUCAUUCAAACACGCCAUUUGAGUAGUGGCUUAACAGGAUUCCUUAAAAAGUGAUUGGAAUUAAGAAAUUUUGAUACAUAUCUUAAAAAGCUGUGUUUAUGGAAGUAAAGUCUAAACAAAGUGUUGUGUGUCACGCGACCAAUAAUUGUUAUUUCGUACUAUUAUCACAAAGCUUGCCAGGAAGAGAAAAUCGAGAGAGCAGAGGUGACAUUUCAUUUUGAGAGAAAGUUCAUACUUCCUGGAUAAAUUUUUACUUCUAGAAAUUUGCAAGAUUAAGGCAUUAAUUACAUUGAUAAAAUCCAGUGUCUUAUGUAAUAAAAAACUAUUCGCAUUAUUUUAAACCCUUGCCUACUGAUCGUGGCCAGCAGUGCUGCAUACAACAGUCGAUGGUGCACAUUGACAACUGGUAGUUUUUGAAAAUACAAAAUAUAAUAUUAAACCAACAGCAAAAUGAUUUGGGAGCUACUGCUGGCGACAUUGCUACUCAUCUUCCUCUACGACUACUAUACGCGCAUGCGUAAUCAAGAGUUCUACAAACGCAUACCGCUUGUUUCGAAAAUACCGCUUGUGGGCUGCAUAUUGGUGUUGGCGCGCUUUCAGCCGGAUAAUUUACAUUCGAAGUUUCAAGAGUUUGUGACGCGUUUCGGCAAAAGCUUUUGCGCGCCUGUGAUACGCGGUCUUAUGGUCGUAACGGCCGAUCCACGAUAUGUCGAAGAGUUGCUCAGCAGUCAAAAGCAUAUUCAAAAGAAUCAACUCUAUUGGCUUCUGCGCGGUUGGCUAGGCAAUGGUUUGCUACUUAGCCAUGGCCAGAAGUGGCAAAUGAUGCGAAAAAUCAUCACGCCCACUUUUCACUUCAAGAUACUCGAGCAGUUUGUAGACGUUUUUGAGCAACAGAGUCGUGUAUUGGCAGAUAAAUUGGCAGAAUUUGCGGAUGGCGCAACGACUGUGGACAUAUAUCCACAUGUAGGACUAAUGACCCUAGAUGUGAUAGCAGAAACUGCCAUGGGUGUGUGCGUGAAUGCGCAGCGCAAUUCCAAAUCGGAUUUUGUUCAAGCAGUGAAGGACGUUACAAAUAUUGUCGCCACGCGCUUCAUACGUCCCGUGUUGGCUUUUCCGCGCACCUUCAAACUGCUCCGACCGCAGCAGUUCGAGAAACAAAUGGAAGGCGUGGAAACUAUGCAUCGUUUUACCGAAAAAAUUAUUGAGGAACGGCGUUUAUUGUUACAAAAUAAAAUUAGCACUAACGCGGAAGCUUUUGGCCCAGAUGCAGAUGAUAUCGGCUUGAAACCGCGUAUGGCACUACUGGAUGUGCUCUUGCAAGCCACCACAAACAGCGGACAACCACUUACCCAUACCGAAAUACGCGAUGAGGUCAACACAUUUAUGUUUGAGGGUCACGACACUACCACAUCGGCUAUUUCUUUUUGUCUCUAUCUGCUCUCACGUCACGUCGAAUGUCAGCGCGAACUUUUUGAUGAAAUACGCGGCCAUUUCGGCGAUGACACAAGUCGACCAAUUAAAUAUAGCGACCUGCAUAAUCUGACCUACUUGAAUUGUGUAAUCAAAGAAGUUCUGCGUAUUUAUCCGCCCAUACCGGUUAUAGGACGUUGGCUGAAAGAGGAGUUGGUGCUGCCUGAUGUCACCCUGCCACCGCGCACUAAUGUACUCAUAUUACUUUGGCAAAUUUUACGUGAUCCUGACAUUUACGCCGAGCCCGAACGGUUUUGGCCCGAACGCCAUUUGAUGUCGAACGUUCGCGCAAGUGCCUUUAGUAAUAUACCCUUCAGCGCGGGACCACGUAAUUGUAUUGGACAAAAGUUUGCCAUAUUCGAGAUGCGUACUGUUGUCGUCCAAGUGCUGCGACAUUACGAGUUAUUACCCAUUGGCGCGCCGGUACAGCCAUCGAUCAAAAUUGUGUUACGGUCGAAAACAGGCGUAAAUGUUGGACUCAAGCCACGCGUAUACGAGAAUGUAUAAAAUUUGGCAUACGAGUAUGUGUGUGAUGGGACAUGUGUAUACACAUAUAUACGUAUGUAUAUGCAUGUGUGUAUAUACAUAUAUGUAUGUAAAUUUCUAAACAA